UGGACCCUCUCGCUGAAAAACUCGGCGCUGCAUUGGGGGCCACACGAGCUGCUGUGGAUGCCGGGUACUGUAGCAACGACUUGCAGAUCGGGCAGACAGGGAAGGUGGUAGCGCCGCAGCUAUAUAUCGCAAUUGGCAUUUCUGGUGCCAUCCAGCAUACUGCGGGUAUUAAGGACUCCAAAUGCAUUGUUGCCAUCAAUAAGGAUGCUGAGGCUCCGAUCUUCCACGUCGCGGACUACGGGUUGGUUGGUGACCUUUAUAAGAUCGUUCCUGAGCUUACUGCUAAGCUCUGA